CCAAGAUGGCUCAAGAUUCAGUAGGCUUUUCUUCUGAUUAUCAGUUUUGGAUGCAGAAGCUUUCUGUGUGGGACCAGGCCUCCACUUUGGAAACCCAGCAAGAUACCUGCCUUCACCUGCCUCGAUUUCAGGAGUUCCUGAGACAGAUGUAUGAAGUCUUGAAAGAGAUGGAUUCAAAUACGAUCAUUGAAAGAUUCCCCACAAUUGGUCAACUGUUGGCAAAAACUUGCUGGAAUCCUUUUAUUUUAGCAUUUGAUGAAAGCCAAAAAAUUCUAAUAUGGUGCUUAUGUUGUUUGAUUAAUAAAGAACCACAGAAUUCUGAAGAAUCGAAACUUAACUCCUGGACACGGGGGUUGUUAUCUCAUAUACUUUCGGCAUUCAGAUUUGAUGCAAAAGAAGUUGGUCUUUUUACUCAAGGUCUUGGAUUUGCACCUGCAGAUUACUGUCCUGGUUUGCUUAAAAAUAUGGUUUUAUCAUUAGUGUCUGAACUCCGAGAGAAUCAUCUUAAUGGAUUUAACACUCAAAGGCGAAUGGUUCCUGAAAAAAUAAGGUUCCUGUCACGAGUUUGUAUACCACUUGUAACUCUGCCAGAUAUUGAACCCCUGGUGGAGGCUCUGCUCAUCUACCAUGGACAUGAACCUCAGGAAGUGCUCUGGCCUGAGUUCUUUGAUGCUGUGAAUGAGGCCUUUCUGCUGAAGAAGAUUUCUCUCCCCAUAUCAGCUGUAGUCUGCCUCUGGCUUCGGCACCUUCCCAGCCUUGAAAAAGCAACACUGCAUCUUUUUGAUAAGCUAAUCUCCAGUGAGAGAAAUUUCCUGAGAAGGAUCGAAUGCUUUUUGAAAGAUUCAUUACUGCCUGAAGCAGCCUGCCACCCUGCCAUAUUCAGAAUUGUUGAUGAAAUGUUCAGGUAUGCACUCCUGGAAACCGACGGAGCCCCAGAAGUACUAGCCGCUAUUCAAGUGUUUACACGGUGCUUUGUGGAAGCUCUGGAGAAAAAAAACAAGCAGCUAAAGUUUACAUUCAAGACCUACUUUCCUUAUGCUUCUCCAUCUCUUGUUAUGAUGCUGCUCCAACACCCGAAAGAGAUCCCACAAGAACUGUGGCACCAGCCACUGAAACAUAUUUCUGAAAUGCUCAGAGAAAUGGUUGAAGACCAGACUCACGGGUCCUACGGAGGCCCCUUUGAGUGCUGGUUUUUGUUCAUUCACUUUGGAGGAUGGGUUGAUAUCGCGGCUGAGCAGUUAGUGAUGUCAGAAGCUGAUCCCCCUGAGGCCCUGCUGUGGCUCUUGGCAUUCAGCUACAGCCCACGUGACAGGAGUCUGCAGAGAGCACAGACCAUGGUGGAGGUAAAGGUAGUGCUUGGCCACCUCAAGAAGCUGUUCAGAAGUCCGACUCUCUCAGCCAAGGAUCUGCAGGCAGCAGCUGCAGAGAGCCAAGACAGAGACCCCAGACCACCUUUAUGUCAAAAGCUGAUCAGGCGCCUCAUCCUGAACUUCCUGCUCUGGGCUCCUGGCGGCCAUGUGAUUGCCCGGGAAGUCAUCACCCUUAUGGCUCCAACUGAUGAGUUAACCCACGAGAUGACUGGCUUGCUUGACCAGACCUUGUACAGAUGGGAUCAUCUCUGCAUGGAAGCCCCGAAGUCAAGAAAAUUGGCCAGAGAGCUCCUUGAGGAGCUGCGCUUGGCCAGCACGGCCUGUUGA